GCCCUUCCAGUCGGAAGCUUGGGCACCUGGGGUGGAGGCGGCACCGGCGGCGAGUCGGUUGCACGCCUGGCCCGGGGCGAGAGCUGCAGGCUGCGGCCGGCGACGGACGAUGAUUUUUUUCGAUUGCGGGUUUACCGACCCGCUCCACUCCUGGACGUCGUUUUGCACAACGGCGUGCAGGUCCGGCGGGGGGACCGGCUGCGCGUCGAGGUCCCUGCCGGCGGAGAGGCCUGUGUCUACUGCGACACGCCUGACAUGCUCCCUCAAGUCAUUGACGACGUGUCAGCGGUCGAAGAGGACAGGACCACAGCCACUGUCGUGUCACGGGAGCAAAGGGAGUCUCCAGCCGCUGGCCCAACGGGGCUGGUGGAGAGCCAGUUUCAUCUGAGCUCUCAAGAGCCGUAA